GACACUGGUCCAUAGAUCUCCUUUGAGAGAACUGACUACAUGAUGUCAUGGCGCUAUCCUCGAGUGCCACGACAUUCUUACCGCCUUGAGCGACUUGGGCGUGGGUCCGUUGACUUUACGCCAACGUCUUUCCUCACCCCACGACGAUUCCAGAGCAGCGUCACUGCUACCAACGAAACAUCUCAAGCACCGCGACGAGCCCGACAUUCUCAGAUCCUUGACCAGGACAUAAGCUCGACAAUCAAAGUUGAUGGACUGAUUCGCAGCGUUCGAAAACAAAAGAAAAUUGCCUUUGCCCGUCUCAACGAUGGCUCAACUCUCGAACCGAUCCAGGCUGUCUUUCCCGACCCAGCCCUUGCAAAGGAUAUUACCAAUGGAUCAUAUGUCUCAUUGAUCGGAAAAUGGGUACAAUCGCCCGGCGCCGGUCAGUCGCAUGAGCUACAUGUCGACGAGGUUGUGGAGCUGGGUCAAAGCAAUUCACUUGAGCAUCCCAUCCAGAAACACGCCAUGGCAGCCGAUUACCUUCGAACCAUUCCACACCUACGAAUGCGCACUGCAUUUCAAUCCUGCAUCUUACGUACGCGCAGUGCUCUCCUCUCCAUCAUUGCAAACCACUUUUCCCAAGGCUUUGGCGAGAAUCGUCUACCAGUCUACCAGGUUCACCCACCUCUAAUUACUUCUUCCGACUGCGAAGGUGCAGGGGAAGUCUUCACCGUGACACCCAAGAGUAGUCAACCCGUCCCUCUACCACCAGAGGCGAACAAAGAGACACAGGCCGAACGAUUAUACUUUCGAGACACAAAAUACCUUACCGUCUCGUCACAACUUCAUCUAGAGGCUUACGCUGCCGAAUUGGGAGAUGUAUAUGCGCUUUCGCCAACUUUUCGGGCGGAAGAAAGUGACACACCACGUCAUUUGGCCGAGUUCUACAUGUUAGAAGCCGAGCAUCGAGACGUCACGUUUGAUGAGUUAUUAAAAGGUGUCAAUAAGCUCGUUUCUGACAUUGCCAACCGAAUACAGAACCAUCGAGUGGCAGAUGAGUUACAGAAGUAUUACUCGGAUCACAAACACCGUGACGCUGAUUCCGACGAGGCCGAUCUGCCAGAUCGGUGGAACCGCUUGGCUGGAGAAUAUCAAAUCAUCACCUACACGGAAGCCAUCUCAGAGCUUGAAAAAGCUAGUGAAGCAAAAGGAGACAAACUGUUUGCGCGCAAACCUCGGUGGGAUCAAGGAUUACAAUUGGAACAUGAACGUUGGGUUGUGGAGAAUCUCGGGAACGGUUUCCCCAUAUUUGUGACGCACUAUCCUAAACACAUCAAGCCGUUCUACAUGCUACCAUCGACCGAGAACGUUACUGCGGCGGAUGAAUAUCAACAGAACUCAGGCGGGCGUGGGGAGACAGUGGCAUGUUUUGAUCUCCUCCUACCAAUGGGAUACUGUGAAGUGGCUGGAGGCAGCAUGAGAGAACAUCGCCUUGAGAAUCUCAUUGACAACAUGCGGAACAAGGGACUAAUCAAAAAGACGAUCCCCUCCAAAAACGACGAGUAUCCUUUCCUCAAUCCAGAUGAGACCUUGGGCAGUCUCAAAUGGUAUGCGGACCUUCGACGAUUCGGUACCAGUCGUCAUGGAGGUUAUGGACUGGGAUUUGAUCGUUUGCUUGCAUACCUGACUGGUGUGGCGAAUGUUAGAGAUGUGGUUGCUUUUCCUCGAACAUGGGGACGAGCGGACUGUUGAGGGAGAUUUGAAGACUCGAGGCUUCAUGAUAGAUUAAGCAUGAUACAAUGGUGUACAAUACGAAUAUUCUUCAAGUUGGUAG